UGCUAGUCACGGAGGGAUCCCUCCUUUGUUGCUGCCUGACCAGUGUGUCCUUUAAAUACGCUCCAGCAGUAUUCACACAAAACUGACAAACUUAAACUGGAGGAGGGAAGAUGGCAUCCUUGGCUGAACUGGGGAAGACAGUCAGUAACCCGACCAUUCCAUAUGUUGAGACAAUACAUGGUGGCCUUGUUCCUGGAAAUAUGAUUGUGAUACAUGGGACUGUUCCUGAUGAUGCAGACAGAUUCCAGGUGGAUUUACAGUGUGGCAGCAGUACAGAGCCUCGAGCUGAUGUGGCAUUUCAUUUCAACCCCCGCUUCAGAAGGUCUGGCUGCAUUGUUUGCAACACUCUAGAGAGGGAAAGAUGGGGCUGGGAGGAGAUCACUUACGAGAUGCCCUUUAAAAAAGGGGAGUCAUUUGAGAUUGUUAUCACGGUUUUAAAGGAUAAAUUCCAGGUGACUGUAAACAAGAAGCACUUGCUGCUCUACAACCACAGAGUGAGCCUUAAAAAAAUAGAUACUCUUGGAAUAUACGGCAAAGUGCAGAUCAAAACUAUAGAUUUUGUUUCUAAUGUGGAAAUGCCAGAUGGCUCACAAUUUGAGGUUCCUUACAUUUGGAAUCUUGAUGCUGCACUUUGUGUAGGAUGCACAGUUCUCAUUAAAGGAGAGGUGAAUAAAAACGCAAAGAGCUUUGCAAUAGAUCUGAAACCAAGUGACUCAAGGGACAUUGCAUUACAUCUGAAUCCCCGUGUGAAAAAUAAAGUUUUUGUAAGAAACUCGUACCUUCAUGACAGCUGGGGAGAAGAAGAAAAAGAAAUUACCAACUUCCCUUUCAGUCCAGGGAUGUACUUUGAGCUGAUCAUUUUCUGUGAUGCCCAUGGGUUCAGAGUUGCUGUUAAUGGUGUUCACAUGCUGGAGUACAAGCAUCGUUUUAAACAACUGGGAAAGAUCAACAAAGUGGAAAUCUCAGGAGAUAUUAAACUAUUAGAUGUGAGGAGGGCAUAGUUCUUUUCACUCACUACAAAAAAAAAUAAAACUUCUUAUAAUGACAGGUACCUCCUUGUCAAGUACAAACAGGCACUGACUUGUGCUGAGCCUGCCUUUAUCUAGGCUUCUGUGUCUGCCUCUCUGAGUUAGGUGAGUACCAGAACUGCUAACCAUGAGGUUAAAUGCCCAUCUAGUUUACAGUAUUGUGGCAAGCUAAGUAAGUGUUUGCUGAGAUAAAUCUCCUGUAUUACUAAACGUAGCAAUAUGAAGACACUGCAUCAUACUGUGUCUAACAGUUGCACUCAGUAUGUUUAACUCCUACUUGGCGUUCCUUGAUAGCAUAGAUUCAGUAUUGUGAAGUAAAAACAAGACUGAAAUAGGAUCUGAAGAUAUGGUUAUCCACACCAAAAGGGACAUUGAUAAUUCAUUUAAAAUAGAAUAUUGAAAUAUACUUUUCUGCUUCUUAAAUUUAUAUUAGCAACUUUUUCCUGAGGCUGGAUUAAGCAAACAGUUGACUCAUCAGUUCUAACAAAAGGCAAGAAGGAAUUUGAUGAUGGCCUGCUGCUGCAGUAGUACCUUCUCUAACACUCAUGGUUAUGUCACCUCCUGCUUUGUAAGUGAUUAAAUUGUAAGAUUAAAUCAAACAUACAGCAACACUUCUAGCUUUUAGUUUUCUGAGGUGAAACAAAUGAAAAUGAUUUAGGUCAUUCCAGUUGCAUGAACCUUUGAAAACUUAUUUGAUCUGAAAUAGCUCCUGAGUUGAAAGUGUUCAGAGACUGAAGUGGAUGUUUGUUUUUUUAAAAGUGAGAGUGUGAACCCAUGACUUGGAUACUCAUCAGUGGAACAGAGAAUGGAUCCUUUUUCAGUCUUGCAUUAAAAUACUAUAUAUAUGAAACAAGCUGUUUUAUUCACUGUUUUCUGUACAAAUGUCAGUCUUAAUUUUUAUACUCUUUAAAAAUAAGUUGCUACUGGCUGUCAAUGCAUGCCUGAGGGCUGUUCCUACUUAUGUUAACAGCUGCUAAGAGUGAAGCAAUCUCAAGAAGAAGCUGUACCCUAAAAAACUGUUUAAGAAAAGUAACCAUAUUUAAUGUUUAAAAAGCAUAAAUAAAAACGUGAGCUCUGCUUUUCUCCAA